AUGAAGUAUUCACAAAUCUAUGUUUUCAAAGGACAAGGCAUUGCUCUUCUUUUGGCCCAAUCUGGUCGCCAUGUAACUGUUUGCUAUCAUAAAAAUGAAAAAGGUGCUUUAGAAACUGCACAAAAAAUCCAUGAUUUUGGAAGAAAAUCAUUAGUUAUUCAAGUUGAUAUUAGUGACGAGAAGCAAGUUAAGGAAUUAAUUGAAAAAACACUGAAAAACUUUGAUAAUCAUAUUGAUAUUUUUAUCAAUAAUGCUGGAAUAUCUGGUGAUUUUAAUAAUGUAAUUGAUAAAGAAUUUCGAGAUUGGGAAGAAGUAUUUCGCGUCAAUAUUCAUGGAACAUAUCUUUGUUCAAAAUUAAUUGCUAAACAAUAUCUCAAGCAAAAUCUAGAAAAAAAAAUUAAUGAAGCUGAUCAGAAUCAUGGAAUUAUUAUUAAUAUUACAAGUGUAAGACAAUAUCUUGUUUGUGAAGGUUCAGCUGCUUAUUGUGCAUCAAAACUUGCUAUAGAAAGUUUGACAAAAACAAUGGCAUUAGAAUUAGGACCACAAGGGAUUCGGGUAUGCGCUAUAUGUCCUGGUCUUAUUGAUACUCCAAUGACGUCAUGGGCAACUCGUGAUGCAGAAAGAAAAUCUAAAGUUGAAAAACAAAUUCCAAUGAGACGCAUUGGUCAUCCAAGUGAAAUCGCUUCUAUGGUUGCUUUUCUUUGCUCGGAUGAUGCUUCAUAUUGUACGGGACAAACUUAUAUUGUUGAUGGCGGUUGGUUGUUGACCAAUCCAAAUCUGUUUGCUUAA